AUGGAUUUCCAAGUUUGCUACACCCAGCAGGCUACGCUCAUUGGUGUGUUCUACAAAUAUAUACCCACCAGUUUUAUCUCCUUUUACAUCGGCCGUUCUGUAAGCGGAAUGAACCAUACUUCCGGUCUGCCUCGCAGUCGAAGUGUUGAGAGUCUCCAGAACAAGAGCUUCAUCUGCGCUAAGGCCUAUCCUAUUCUUCGACAUUUACAAAUCUUAGUCUCCACGGACAGCUUCGAAUCUUCCGGCUCGCGAGAUUUUGACAUUGACACCACGUUCAAUAACUGGAUUGAUGGAGCUCAAUGGCUGAAUCCAGACUUGAUCAACUGGGUGAGCUGA